ACAUGCUUGCUUCUUCAGCAAUGUAGAAACAUUUUUUUCUUAGAAUUAAUAUUAAUAAAGGAAAAAUUAUUAUAUUCAGUUUUAAUAAUUCCACGUAAAAAAUUGAUGAUGGAUUGUGAUGAACAUUAAUUCAAUCUUAGCUGUGGAUAAAAAUAUUAUCGCCACGCACUAAAAGCUACAAACGUAAUCUAGUUAGCAACAUCCUCUUUCGUCGGAAUCGCGUUGCUCCUUCAUCAGACGUGAAGUUGAGUAACAAUCAGUCAAGAUGGGAAAAAUAAUGAAACCGAAUAAAGUGGUGUUGGUCCUGAGUGGCCGAUACGCUGGCAGAAAGGCCAUCGUUAUGAAGAACUACGACGAUGGCACCCAGGACAAGCAGUACAGCCACGCCCUCCUUGCCGGCAUCAACAGGUAUCCCCGCAAAGUGCACAAGAGGAUGGGCAAGAAGAAGAUCCACAAGCGCUCCAAGAUAAAGCCUUUCCUCAAGGUUAUCAACUACAACCACCUGAUGCCAACCCGCUACACAUUCACCGAGUUGAGCGACCUCUUCAACAAAGUGACAUACAAGGACUUGAAGGACCCAAUCAAGAAGAAGAAGUUGGCUUUCAAAGUCAGGUGUAAACUUGAAGAAAAGUACAAGGAGGCUGGCAAAAACAAAUGGCUGUUCGAGAAGCUUCGAUUUUAAUGUAUUGUUUAUAUUGACUAAUAAAUAAGUGAAAAUUUUUUAUCGCA